AUGUCUAUUAAGCUGUGUGAUGUAAUUGACUUGAUGGAUCGUGGUCUUGUCCUCGAUCCAGAUUCUCAAAAUUAUACGUUUAAUGGAAGUUUAACCGAAAUACAUUGUCCUGAUAAUAAUUGUGGUAAUGAUGAUAACAAAAAAAUUAGUUCUGCCUUUAUAGCAUUCCUAGUUUACUUUAAAAAUAUUGGUAUUGAUGAGAAUUUAGAUAGUGAUAAAAUUGCUGAAUACGCUAUUUUAUGGUUAGGUCACAAACUGAAUCAAAAAACACAAAAUGAAACCAUCACAUUAAACAAGUUUUAUAAUAAUCAUAUAGAAAAAAAUAGUAAAUAUGAGGAAAAUAUAUUUAAGGAUAAUAAGAUUAAAAAGGAUGAUAUAUGUAAAAAAAUAAAAUCGAUGAAUAUCGAUAUUAAAGAUAUAUUUAAUUUUUAUGAAGUAUUUAAAUUAUUAUGUAAGAUGGGUGGUGAAGUUGAUAAAAUCAAAGGCCAAUGCAAUAUAUGUUUAAAAAGUGCUGGAGAAUUUUAUGAAAAAUAUGAAAAACUUAAAAAUGGUUUAGAUAUUAAUAAAGGAAGUUCUUAUUUACAACUAUUGUCUAGUUUAUCAAAAGAUUAUGACAAAUUUAAAGAGAAAUAUAAUACACGUGGAUGUAGUGAUAUCAAAUUCCUUGAAUCUUGUUCACAAAGUUCAGUGAAAAAAAGCCCAGUGACAAAUUGUCCAGUGACAGAAAGCCCAGUGACAAAUUGUCCAGUGGCAGAAAGUCCAGUGACAAAUUGUCCAGUGGCAGAAUGUCCAGUGACAAAAAAUACACUAAUUACAAUUGCAAUUAUAUUUGUUGCAGCAUCAAUUUUAUUGGGAGUUUCUUAUAAGUAUUCGUUAUUUGGAUUUCGGAAACGAUCUCAAAAACAACAUUUAAGAGAAAAGAUAAAAAAAUAA